ACUGUUCUCUUAUAAUAAAUUUCCAGAAAUUGUAGGAUUUGUGACUUGGUAAACCCCAUAUUGAUUUGAGGAUUAUUAUAAAAGCCAAGAUCUUUCCAUGCUAAAUUUUAAGACAUUUUUAGAAAGGAAAAUAAAAAUAAAGAACAUUUGGUUUUUGUUUAGGUAAUAAAAGGAGAGAUAAUGGAGAAUUCAAGUGGUUCAAGAGUGACUUCUCUCAUAUUAAGAAUACUAACUUUUGUUUUUCUUUUCAUCUCCUUUUUCAUUCUUAUCACCACUUCCCAAACUGUUCAGUCAGUUAAGCUCCAUUUCAAUUAUUAUCAUGCUUUUAGGUAUAUGCUUGCUACUAUUAUCAUCGGGAUCGUAUUCAACCUUUUGCAAAUCGCGUUCUCCCUCUUCAACAUCGUUAAAAAUGGCAACAGUACUAUAUUAUUCGAUUUCUUUGGCGACAAGUUUUUGUCAUACCUUCUAGGAACAGGCACAGCUGCUGGAUUUGGGCUUUCAGUGGAUUUGAAAAAAAUAGACCCAGAUGAUUUCUUUGGAUCAUUUUUUGAUAAGGCAUAUGCAGCAUCAACUCUUCUUUUGUUUGCUUUCUUUUGUUCUGCAGCUGUCUCUAUUCUCUCUUCCUUUGCACUCUCCAAGAGAUCUUAAUUUGUUUUAGUAGAAUGAGAGUAUGGAGGUUUGAAUCAUAGAUCUCGUGGUUACUAAUACAUCCGGAUGUCAGUUGAGCUAUAUGUACGUUUUGGCUCACAACUUUGUGCAUGUAUAUCUAAGAGAAUUCUUUCCA